CUUUGCAACUGCCUCCGCGUGGCUCGAGCCUCUCUUUCCCCCGGCGGCAGCGGGCUCCAUGGAGAACGGCGGACGCCCGGGCAGAGGCGGCGCUUCCACCUCGGCACCUGGGCUCCAGUGACCCGCACUUGCGUUCUGCACCGCGUCGGAGUGGCCGCCGGCCCCCGACUGACUGGCCUCUCCGCCUCCCGCGCCGCCGCUUCGCCUCUCGGCGCUCCUGGCGCCCUGCGUCCCGACUCGCCCUAGCCCGCACUCUUCGGCGGGGUGGCGGCGGCCGGGCCCUCGCGGCGGCGGCCGGAGCAGCGGAGGGAGCAAGAGCCCGCCUCUAUGAUGAAGUUCAAGCCAAACCAGACGCGGACCUAUGACCGCGAGGGGUUCAAGAAGCGGGCGGCGUGCCUGUGCUUCCGGAGCGAGCAGGAGGACGAGGUGCUGCUGGUGAGCAGCAGUCGGUAUCCAGACCAGUGGAUUGUCCCAGGAGGCGGCAUGGAGCCCGAGGAGGAACCUGGUGGUGCUGCUGUGAGGGAGGUUUACGAAGAGGCUGGAGUCAAAGGAAAAUUAGGCAGACUCCUGGGCAUAUUUGAGCAGAACCAAGACCGAAAGCACAGAACAUAUGUUUAUGUUCUUACAGUUACAGAAAUAUUAGAAGAUUGGGAAGAUUCUGUUAAUAUAGGAAGGAAGAGAGAGUGGUUCAAAGUUGAAGAUGCCAUCAAAGUCCUCCAGUGUCAUAAACCUGUACAUGCAGAGUAUCUGGAAAAACUAAAGCUGGGCUGUUCCCCAACCAAUGGAAAUUCCACAGUCCCUUCCCUUCCAGACAAUAACACCUUAUUUGUAACCGCUGCACAGACCUCUGGGUUGCCAUCCAGUAUAAGAUAGAGAGAACCAGGAGACCUCUGCCACCCUGUGCAAUCCCAUGAGGAGGGAGGCUUUAUUUUCCUUGGCAAACAUCUGAAUGACGCUUGCAAACUGUCUGAAUUUGCCAUGCAGGAUUUUCAAACACUUUGCAUGUUUUUCAGAUGCUUUCAAAUCUUCUUUUAUAUAUAUUAAAAAAAAAAAGUGUAAAAUAUUUUAAUAAGCCAAAGCC